AUGUUAAGUUUUUCUCGAGUUAAGCUCAAGCUCAAGAGUAAUUUAGAACAGUCAUCGUUAUUUAUGAAAAAAAGCGAAGAGACACUUGUUCCAACAGAUUAUGCAUUCAAUCGAUUUGAUAGAUCCAAUGAUUCUGGUGAAAAUGAAUAUAUAAAUGCUGAACUGAAUGUUUUACCUCCUAGCGACCAGUGGAACAUCGUAUCACGGUCCCCAUUAUCAGACAAAACAAAAGCAGCAGAUUACCAUUCUAUAUCAAUGUUGAUUAGCAAUUUGAAAUAUCAAUGUGGAAUAGAGAAUUCAAAAAAAUCAGUAAAAAGAAUGCGCUUAGUACCAAAUUAUAAUCAAGGAGAAAUUUGUUUUCAGUCAUGCAUCAAUAUAUUAAUAAAAAAAGAGGCCCCUAAUCCGAUCAAGAAGCUGAUUCAACGUUUAACAUGUUUACCUAUUGCACAAGCAAUUAUUUAUCAUUGUUGUAAGGAUGAAAAUGAUUAUUCGCCAAAAAUUGGACGAUUUGGCCAAGGCUAUAACAUAUGUACUUGUGUUUUGCCAUUAACGAAUAAACGGAUAAAAAGAUGGCUUAUAUUGGCGCUAAUUUCGCUGUUUUUGCCCUGUUUGUGCUGUUAUUUACCUGCCACUUUUAUAUAUAGAAGCUGCUGUUGUUGCCAAGUGGGUCGUCACAAGCCUUUCAAUAAUACCGAUAGGGCAAGAAAUCAAAACACUGAACAUUUUCACUAA